GUCCCGAGCAGUGCUGGGAAGUAUAGGCUGUGUUGUCACGCCGGUGUCAGUCUGAUGAAGAUUGGCAUCAGAUGAAGUCCGGAGCAGGAUUCUGAGGCUUUCCGUCCUCCAUGCCGCUCACCAGAAAAGGGACUGUGAACUGUGCUUUGGCACUAGCUGACAGGAAGAAUUUCUGGCCCAGCUGGGAGUGAGAAGGAGUGAGUCUCCUGAGGGCCAUCCUCGAGUCCGCCAGGAUCACCCGAACAUAUGCCAUGAUAAGGGCUGGAUCUGUUGUGGUGAGAUUGGGCCCCAACUCCAAAGGACACUGCCCAGGACUUUAUCCUCGAUGUGAAUCAACCCCAUGAUGCAACAUGCCUCCCCAGCCCCCGCUCUGACGAUGAUGGCCACGCAGAAUGUCCCUCCCCCACCCUACCAGGACAGCCCGCAGAUGACAGCAACUGCUCAGGCUCCCUCUAAGACCCAGGCUGUCCACAUCUCCGCCCCCUCAGCUGCUGCCAGCACGCCUGUGCCCAGUGCCCCCAUUGAUCCCCAGGCCCAACUAGAGGCUGACAAGCGAGCUGUGUACAGGCACCCUCUUUUCCCGCUCCUGACGCUGCUGUUUGAGAAAUGCGAACAGGCCACCCAGGGCUCGGAGUGCAUCACCUCCGCCAGCUUUGAUGUGGACAUCGAGAACUUUGUCCACCAGCAGGAGCAGGAGCACAAACCCUUCUUCAGCGAUGACCCAGAACUGGACAAUCUGAUGGUGAAGGCAAUCCAGGUCCUGAGAAUUCACCUGCUGGAAUUGGAGAAAGUAAAUGAACUCUGCAAGGACUUUUGUAACCGGUACAUCACCUGCCUCAAAACCAAGAUGCACAGCGAUAACCUGCUCAGGAAUGAUCUCGGGGGACCCUACUCCCCCAACCAGCCCUCCAUAAACCUUCACUCACAGGACCUCCUGCAGAAUUCCCCCAAUUCCAUGUCUGGAGUCUCCAAUAACCCCCAGGGGAUUGUGGUCCCAGCCUCAGCUCUCCAGCAGGGCAACAUCGCCAUGACAACCGUCAACUCACAAGUGGUGUCAGGUGGAGCCUUAUACCAGCCGGUUACCAUGGUAACCUCCCAGGGUCAGGUGGUCACCCAAGCAAUCCCCCAGGGAGCCAUCCAGAUCCAGAACACACAGGUUAACCUUGACCUCACCUCCCUCCUGGACAAUGAGGAUAAGAAGUCCAAGAACAAACGAGGAGUCUUGCCCAAGCACGCCACCAAUAUAAUGCGUUCUUGGCUCUUCCAACAUCUCAUGCACCCCUACCCCACGGAGGAUGAGAAGAGGCAGAUCGCAGCCCAGACAAACCUCACCCUCCUGCAAGUAAAUAACUGGUUCAUCAAUGCCCGGAGGCGCAUCCUGCAGCCCAUGCUUGAUGCCAGCAACCCAGACCCUGCCCCGAAAGCCAAGAAGAUCAAGUCGCAGCACCGGCCCACCCAAAGAUUCUGGCCCAACUCCAUUGCUGCGGGGGUGCUGCAGCAGCAGGGUGGCGCCCCAGGGACAAACCCAGACGGUUCCAUCAGCCUGGACAACCUGCAGUCCCUGUCCUCAGACAAUGCCACCAUGGCUAUGCAGCAGGCUAUGAUGGCUGCACACGAUGACUCAUUGGAUGGGACAGAGGAAGAAGAUGAGGACGAGAUGGAAGAGGAAGAGGAAGAGGAGCUGGAGGAGGAGACCGACGAGCUUCAGACGACAAAUGUCAGCGACCUGGGCUUGGAACACAGUGACUCCCUGGAGUAGUUGGCAGCCCAGAUGGCAAUGGUCACCGAGCGGGGGAGGAGUGUCGUCAGGAGGGCUUCAGGGUGGGGGGGAGGGGGGCAUGGGCAGGCAGCACCAAGGAAGUUAGGCCCUAGCUUCCCCAAAUCAGUAGCUUGAAGUAAUGCAGAGGAGACACCUGCUCCUUCCCAACUACCAAGCUUCAAUGAGUACCCCAGCCCCACUUCCCCAGAACUGCAGAGGACUCCGUCUGCGGGAUCCGUCAAGCAGCCUGCGCGGAAAGGCAGGAGUGAGAGCUGGACUCACCACAUCCCUGAGGACAGAUGGCAUCCAUGCCCCCUCCCACCCCCUCCCCCCACUGAAGGACUUGGGUUGUCUGCAAGCCCUGCACUGUGAGUGGAUCGGCGCUGUUCAGAGUGAGCCUUGCCAGGGACAGAGUUAGGAGGAAAGGGAGAGUUGGGGGGUCUGGGUUCCAGCCCCACAAGGUUCUCAGCUCCUUGACAGACAUUCAAGGGCAGGAGGAGCCCAGACGCGUCACCUGUGGCUAGCAGAGCAGGAGGCCCCGCGGCGCCACGGCCUGCAGAUCAGAGUGGGACGCAGGCUCCCGAGGGCUCCUGCUCAUUCCUCCAAGGACCUGCCUCAGGCCCAGGCAGCCAUGGACUUGGGAGAGAGGGCAGGAGCCCCCAUAGCCACCUUCUCUCUCUCUGUCCCGGGAAUGAAUGGUAAGCCGGCAGGCUCAGAUUGCAGGGGGUUCAGAGGAAUCCCUUCCCCUGGGUUGGCUCCAGGACCCAAGGAGAUGCAGAACCUGAGCUAGGAGCCACAUCAAGGUGACUUUGGGGACCACGGCCAUCCCUAGGUGGUCACGGAACUCCGCUCCUGUAACAACAGGACAAUGGUGUCUUAUCCCAGAUAUUCCAGCCCUCAGAUGGAGCUCCUCAGAUGUCCCAGCCCUCAGCACCCCCCCGGGACCGCCCCCCUGCUCCCAGGCUGGCCCCACCAGCCCCCAUUCUCUCUUCUUCAUUCUAUCCUUCAGAGAAGGCGGAAGAAACAUUGGAAAGAAGCAUCCAGUCCAGGGGGAAGCCGGGGGUUGGAGAAGGUGCUACAUCCCUCUUCUCAUCAAUAUCCACAGUGUGGGCGAGGGGCCCAGAGACCUGGGGCCCACCCGCACACCUCGCUGAUCUACCCACCACCGUGACACACAGCACGGGAGGAACUGGGGCUCCCUCGAGGAGGAGGCUUUCCACCCCCUGCCCUGACUCACACCGCCCCCCCAACUUUCGGGCCCCCAGGAUUGGCACCCCUCCCCCUCCUCUCCGCCCCCUUGGCUGUGAAUGACAGGACUGAUCACAUGUGUGUUUUCCAUUGGAUUUAAUUUAAUGGACUUGCAGUUUCAUUUGUAAAUUGUGCAUUGGCCAUCUCCUUCAGUGGCAGGGUGCGGCUACCUGGCUCCACCUUGGGGACCCUCGGGGGGGCCCUCCUGGGGGCUUCCCCUCCCCCGCCGGGUUGGGGUGGAGCAGAAGGACGGUCGCUUCCCUGAGGUCUCCCUGAAAUGAAUGUAUUUCUCCCCCAAAAGAGCUGAUAUUUAAUGUUUUAAUAGGGAUUUUUGAGAAACAAAUAACCUUAUUUAUAAUCUGGGUGAUCCAAUCAUUUUUUACUCCCUUUUGAUGCCAUAAGUAGAGGAAAGUCUAGCUUUUUUGGCGUGAGACUUUUGCAAUGUGCAGUGGGAUAAAAUACAUUUCCUUUUCUGGUUCGUUUUUCUUCUCUCUCUCUCUCUCUCUCUGUCUGUCUCACACACACACACACAUGCACACACCCUUCACCUAGCACUUCGGACAGCGACCCACCCAGCACAGGUGCACCCGCACACAUGGGCCCACACAUCCUCCUCCCAGCCCCUCCCCCUGCCUAAUGUUAUGCAACCUCCUUCUGAUGUAUCCACCAAACCAGUACUGAAUGUGGCCGAGAAGUUUUCAGUAAA